AGCGCCCCGCCCCGCGCUCCUCUCUUGACUUUGAGCGUCCGGCGGUCGCAGAGCCAGGAGGCGGAGGCGCGCGGGGCAGCCUGGGCCCCAGCCCACUCCCUUACCAGGGCCCAGGAGCCACCAUGUGGCGAUGUCCACUGGGGCUACUGCUGUUGCUGUCGCUGGCUGGCCACGUGGCUCUGGGUGCCAAGCAGGGUCGUGUGCGCCGGGAGCUAGCACCGGGUUUGCACCUGCGGGGCAUCCGGGACGCGGGAGGCCGGUACUGCCAGGAGCAGGACCUGUGCUGCCGCGGCCGUGCCGACGACUGUGCCCUGCCCUACCUGGGCGCCAUCUGUUACUGUGACCUCUUCUGCAACCGCACGGUCUCCGACUGCUGCCCUGACUUCUGGGACUUCUGCCUCGGCGUGCCACCCCCUUUUCCCCCGAUCCAAGGAUGUAUGCAUGGAGGUCGUAUCUAUCCAGUCUUGGGAACCUACUGGGACAACUGUAACCGUUGCACCUGCCAGGAGAACAGGCAGUGGCAAUGUGACCAAGAACCAUGCCUGGUGGAUCCAGACAUGAUCAAAGCCAUCAACCAGGGCAACUAUGGCUGGCAGGCUGGGAACCACAGCGCCUUCUGGGGCAUGACCCUGGAUGAGGGCAUUCGCUACCGCCUGGGAACCAUCCGCCCAUCUUCCUUGGUCAUGAACAUGCAUGAAAUUUAUACAGUGCUGAACCCAGGGGAGGUGCUUCCCACGGCCUUUGAGGCCUCUGAGAAGUGGCCCAACCUGAUUCAUGAGCCUCUUGACCAGGGCAACUGUGCAGGCUCCUGGGCCUUCUCCACAGCAGCUGUGGCAUCCGAUCGUGUCUCAAUCCAUUCUCUGGGACACAUGACGCCUGUCCUGUCACCCCAGAACCUGCUGUCUUGUGACACCCACCAGCAGCAGGGCUGCCGCGGUGGGCAUCUCGAUGGUGCCUGGUGGUUCCUGCGUCGCCGAGGGGUGGUGUCUGACCACUGCUACCCCUUCUCAGGCCGCGAGCGAGACGAGGCUGGCCCCGCGCCGCCCUGUAUGAUGCACAGCCGAGCUAUGGGUCGGGGCAAGCGCCAGGCCACUGCCCGCUGCCCCAACAGCCAUGUUAAUAACAAUGACAUCUACCAGGUCACUCCUGUCUACCGUCUCGGCUCCAACGACAAGGAGAUCAUGAAGGAGCUGAUGGAGAAUGGCCCUGUCCAAGCCCUCAUGGAGGUGCAUGAAGACUUCUUCCUAUACAAGGGAGGCAUCUACAGCCACACGCCAAUGAGCCUUGGGAAGCCAGAGAGAUACCGCCGGCAUGGGACCCAUUCAGUCAAGAUCACAGGAUGGGGAGAGGAGACGUUGCCAGAUGGAAGGACACUCAAAUACUGGACUGCGGCCAACUCCUGGGGCCCAGCCUGGGGCGAGAGAGGCCACUUCCGCAUCCUGCGUGGCGUGAAUGAGUGCGACAUCGAGAGCUUCGUGCUGGGCGUCUGGGGCCGCGUGGGCAUGGAGGACAUGGGUCAUCACUGAGGCUGUGGGCACCACGCGGGGUCUGGCCUGGGAUCCAGGCUGAGGGCCAGCGGAAAAGGCCCCUAUGGGGCGGUGACCCCAGCCUCCCCCAACAGAGCCGGGGCGCAGGCCGGCGCCAGGACGCUAAUCCCGGCGCGGGUUCCGCUGACGCAGCGCCCCGCCUGGGAGCCGCGGGCAGGCCAGGCUGGCGGAGCCCCCAGACCUCUCCCAGUGGGGACCGGGAAGGGCCUGGCCUGGGAAGAUCACAGCCGCAGAUCCCAGGCCCCUGGCACCCCCACUCAAGACUACCAAAGCCAGGACACCUCAAGUCUCCAAGUCUCCAGCCCCACUACCUACCCCACCCCACUCCUGUAUUCUUUUGUUUUUUUAGACAGGGUCUUGCUCCCUAGCCCAGGCUGGAGUGCAGUGGUCCAUCAGGGCUUACUGUAACCCCUCACUCCUGGGCUCAAGUAACCCUCCCACUUCAGCCUCCUGAGUAGCUGGGACUACAGGUGCACCAACACACCUGGCUAAUUUUUGUAUUUUUCAUAAAGAGAGGGAUCUCACUAUGUUGCCCAGGCUGGUCUUGAACUCCUGGGCUCAAAUGAUCCACCUGCCUCUGCCUCCCAAAGUGCUGGGAUUGCAGGCAUGAGCCACCGCACCCAGCCCUGUAUUCUUAUUCUUCAGAUAUUUAUUUUUCUUUUCACUGUUUUGAAAUAAAACCAAAGUAUUGAUAA